AUCAAUGCAUUUUCGCUGUACACGUACACGACUGUCUACAAAUUGAGGUGUAAUCAAAAUAGGUGACCAUUGUUGAGAGAGAUUUUGACAAACUAAAAAUGGACAACCCAUCUCCUAAGGGAAAACAAGAGAUGCUUCGACCAAAGAUCAACAAAAAUCAGACUGGAGGAAAUGUUGAUCAAUCUGGAGAGGACACUAAUGAUUCCGGUUUUAGUGACCGGGCUCCAGGACUAAAUUUAAAGGAGAUGGCUGUAAUAUUACCUACACAAGAGGAACAGCCCAAGAAAGAUGAAAAAAGAGAUCUUAAGAUGAAAGUGUCAGAGGAUAGUACAGAUGCCGUGCCUUCCAACAGACCUACAGCAGCAGUAGUGCCACAAUCAACUCUACAACAUCAACCCUGUAUUAAAGAGGAAGUUAGCGCCAGGACCCAUCCCUCUUCAGUUGCCAGUCCUGGCACUAGAUGCGAAGAUGGAGCAAGGCUAGAAGUCAAAAGGAACGCUGUUGAACAAGCAAUAAAUCUUGAAGAUGAGAAGGAUCUGAUAUUCUAUGAAAUAGCAGAGCAGGUUGCUGGAAGCUGUGACCUCAGGAAGAUGGCCCUACGGCUAGGAGUCACAGAAUCUCUGGUGGCACAAGUCGAACACGACAAUCCGCAACUCGUAACACAAUUUUACAAGAUUUUCCAGCAAUUUGACAGGAGAAUGCCGAAUCUGGAGGAUAUGUUCAAGCGAUUCCUAGAAGUACUGGUUAAAACUGAUGAAGUAUCUACUGCAGCCUGGCUACGGAAAAGACUUGGAAUUAGGGACCUAGAGGCAUCAUUAGAAGGUGAAGAGUCUAGUCCCAUCCCAGAUGUCAUACCAGAGACAGAGACGACGGGACGAAACAGCAAGGAUGAAUUCUACGAUAUCUUCCUCGUGCACUCUGGCAAAAGCGAGAACACAAAAAAAUUCCAGAAAAUCUGUGACCGGCACAAGUGGGUUGUGGAGUCCACCGUUCCAAUCGGUGCCCCCACCCACGAAGACAUUGAACGCAUGCUGAACUCUUCAACCCAUCUGGCCCUCAUCAUCACAGAGAGUGAUUGCAUCAAGUACAAAAACCAGGAACUGUCUAUGACGGUCGAGAUGGCUCUGCAGUUAGCGUAUAAUCAAGGGGAGCUGGCCGGUAAAGUCCUUCCUAUACGCUGCUGCAACAAGAGGAGCUUACCUCUCGUUCUGCAAGCGUUGACCGGUGCUCACAUCGAUGAGGAUAGCUUCGAGGAGCGGCUGGUUGCGACAAUCGACACCAAGACUAGGAAAAGCAGGAUGAGGGAGAAACAAAACUAGACAAAUCUAUGGGUAGCGCAAAGUUUGUAUUGUACACAGUGCAGAAUCGUCAAUUCUUCUUCUUCUUCUUCAGUACAUGUCGACAGACUUGUUAGUCCAUAUAAAGACACGUAAACGAGGCACGUGGUCAUGGAACAUGGGACCUAAAGGAGUCAAUUUAUCCCGUGUUGAUAACGCUAUCAGGUAACUUAUUCCAGUCCUUGCACUUACGAGGGAAAUAGGAGAACUUGUAGAAGUCUGUCCUGCAGUACGUCUGUUUCAAAUGUUGGCUAUUGCUGGUUGACGAAUGACGAUUAAUUAGUAAUAGUCCCACAACUGGUUGAUAUACAGCUACAAAACUUCAGGGGCCUCAAGUAGAGGAUACCUCAUUCAUGUACCAUGUUCAGAAUUUGUUGUCACUACAUGGCCGAGAUCCAGAGGAGGGGUAUUGGAAUCCACCAAAAUAACGCGGUCUUUUUAAGGUCAGUGUGGAACCUAUUGAGUCGGUUAUGGUGAACAGAUUGAGUCUCAGUGAAGAGCGCUUAAAGGCAAGAUUCCUCUUAACCCUUUCGUGUCCAAACAACUUGUUUUAGCUAAAAAUUGCUGCACUAGAGUUGUUUUGAGUGAUUCUUGCAUUAAAUCAUGUGCAGAGCUCGUAGUAUGGGAUAUGCCAUUGUCAAAGGUGUGUGCAAACAGAGUUGGCAGCAUGCCAUUAUCAAGAAAAAAGUCUUGAGUUUAUCUUCACCUUAAAUUAGCCUGAUAUUUUGACAAAUAGCUUGCUUUUUAUACAGAUAAACCAAAACAAUUGGAGAUUGUAGUGCGAACUACAAGCCAUGAAAAGCAGUGAAAUAGUCUACCGAUUGUUUCCUUAAUAUGCCACGUUGAGGAGGCUCAUAAUGUGCAGGUACUGUUACUUCAAUGUAUGCUUCUAAUUUUUGUGGUAAUACAUGAACUUAUUUGGGAAAAAUAUUUGUAUGCCUCCGUUACGAAGUAGCCGGAGGCAUUAUGUUUUCGGGUUGUACGUUCGUACGUACGUCUCGUUCUCGUGAUUGCGUUAUCUCAAGAACCAAUUAAUGGAUUCCUGCCAAACUUGGGUCAUGUAUGUAUCUGGCAGAGCUAAUGAGCUGAUUAGAUUUCGGGGUCACGAGGUCAAGGGUCAAAGGUCACAGGGCUAAUUUUGUAUGUAAAAAUAGCUCGUGAUCCCGUUAUCUCAA